GCACUUCUUGGGGGCGGAGCUUUGAGGGAGGUGGGCGGGCUUCGGAGGCGCCUAGAGUAGUGGCGUUUGGGCCCCUUGGCGGCUGUGGGGAAUUUAGCCGUGGCCAUGAAGGAGGAAAAGGAGCAUAGGCCCAAGGAGAAGCGAGUAACCCUGUUAACACCCCCGGGGGCAACAAGCAGCUGCGGCGGGGCUUCGGGAGAAAGCGGCAAGGGGGAAGAUAAACAGGAUCGCAACAAGGAGAAGAAGGAGGCGCUGAGCAAGGUGGUCAUUCGGAGAUUACCUCCCACUCUGACCAAGGAGCAACUCCUGGAACAUCUUCAGCCUUUGCCGGAGCAUGAUUAUUUUGAGUUUUUUUCUAAUGAUACUAGUCUGUAUCCUCAUAUGUAUGCCAGAGCAUACAUCAACUUUAAAAACCAAGAGGACAUUAUUUUGUUCAGGGAUCGCUUUGAUGGUUAUGUAUUCCUUGACAAUAAAGGUCAAGAAUAUCCUGCAAUAGUAGAAUUUGCACCUUUUCAAAAAGCUGCAAAAAAGAAGACUAAGAAAAGAGAUACCAAAGUUGGGACUAUUGAUGAUGAUCCAGAGUAUAGAAAAUUUUUGGAAAGUUAUGCAACAGAUAAUGAGAAAAUGACAUCUACUCCAGAGACACUGCUAGAGGAAAUAGAAGCAAAAAAUAGAGAAUUAAUUGCUAAAAAGACAACCCCACUUUUGAGCUUCCUGAAAAACAAGCAGAGAAUGAGAGAAGAAAAGAGAGAAGAAAGGAGGAGGCGAGAAAUAGAAAGAAAAAGACAAAGAGAAGAAGAGAGGAGGAAAUGGAAAGAAGAAGAGAAACGAAAAAGGAAAGAUAUAGAAAAACUAAAGAAGAUAGACAGAGUUCCAGAAAGGGACAAAUUAAAGGAUGAACCAAAGAUUAAGGUACACAGGUUUCUGUUACAAGCUGUGAAUCAGAAAAAUCUACUCAAGAAGCCAGAAAAAGGAGAUGAAAAAGAAUUGGACAAAAGAGAAAAGCCCAAGAAAUUAGACAAAGAGAAUCUGAAUGAUGAAAGAGCAAGUGGGCAAAGUUGUACAUUGACCAAACGUUCUGACAUUGAACUUAAAGAUGAAAAGCCAAAGAGACUUGAAGAUGAAAGUGGCAGAGACUACAGGGAGAGGGAAAGGGAUUAUGACCGAGAUCAAGAACGCAUACUUCGGGAGAGAGAGAGACUGAAGCGGCAAGAAGAAGAACGCCGCAGGCAGAAGGAGCGCUAUGAGAAAGAGAAGGCUUUUAAAAGAAAGGAGGAAGAAAUGAAAAAAGAGAAAGAAGCACUUAGGGAUAAAGGAAAGAAGAAUGAAAGUACAGAAUCAAUAGGCAACUCAGAAAAAACUGAAAAAAAAGAUGAAGUAGUUAAGAGAGAUCGCAUAAGAAACAAGGACCGUCCAGCGAUGCAGCUUUACCAACCAGGAGCUCGAAGCCGAAAUCGCCUCUGUCCCGCUGAUGACAGCACCAAGUCUGCAGAUCCAACAGUAGAAAAAAAGCAGGAAAGUGCUAUUAGCCAUAGAAAAGAAGGGGGAGAGGAGUGAUAAAUCCUAACGGCCUUAGGUGUCCUGACUGUCUAGGCAGCCAAAGAGCACAAAUUAAGCAAUCCGGAAGUGCCUUCAGGGCAAAGGAAUAGAGAGGAAGGGGGUCGCUGUGCUGGUGGGGUACAUUAAAGAGGAGUAUGUUUUGCGUCAGAGCAGGAGUCAGAUUGCAGGUUCAGAAUUUGAAGUACGAUUUCAUUGUUUAUGCUGUUUCUACAAAUUCAAAGUCUCAGAAAAGGUGAAGGUGACAUGCAUUGCACUUUGCAGGCUAGAAAUGUCAAGUAAUGUUAAGUAUGUAUGACACGAGAGCAAAUGAGACCUGGAUCAAAAGGUUCUGUUAAUCCUGAAUUGAAUUUUCUUAAUUUGAGUGGAGCAGAGUCAGUUUGAAGUCUUGUUCAGAUUUAGUUAUGUUGUAUUGUUGGUAAUAAAUGUUGAAUUUGUGUAGUAUAGAAGCGAACAAGCAUGUAAUUGUAGUACAAGUAUAGUGAUGGAGAUAACAAAAAUUUGCUAAUGCUUAAAAUUAAAUAAUUGUGUUUUGUCUAUAUUCUGUGUCCUAAAAUGUUAGAAUUAGUUGGAGUGCUUUGAUUGUUUAUGUGGGCUUAGCAUAAAGAACAUUUUUAAACAUCUCAAUUUUUCUUUAGCAUUUUUUAACAUUAAUAAGUAAAAUCUAGCCCUUGUUUGAUUCUUGACAAUCCAGUCUUUGUUUUAUCUUAGGUGUCAUGAUCCGAGUGAAUACCCUCUCCAAGAAGGAAAUGUCACCAAUAUUUGUUCCUGCUAAAUAGCAACUUUUCUUUUGUUUUGUAUUGGUGUCAAUAAAUACCAAUGGCA